UGAACGACAUCCACAUCAAUUUUUAGGCAAUGCCAAAAACAAUUUCUACGGUAAUGACGGCUAUGCAACCACAAUUAUACCAAAGCUUUAAUCUACUGUAUACCUGGUUGCCUGGGAGACGACGUCAAAUAUGUAAAUAUAAAUAACCACUUGUUUGCAGCUAGCAGCCCGACGAGUCACCCAACCGAACAAAAACAACGCCCAUCAACCUACACAGCAGGUGAACCAUCCAUUCUUCUCCCACCCAUAAUAGACCUAUCCAACCCCGUACGAUUGUAUACCUGCGUUUGUUACGUUAUAUUUUAAAAACCACUAUAAAUAAAUCCUUUGUGAACAUGUCUCUGUGAUACCUGAAGGCUUUUUACAACAGAAAUGUAUAAUUUGGGUGCGUUUAUCCUGUGUUUGCUGACCGUGGGUGUGACUGGCCAGUACGAAUGGCAACCCUUGGACAAUUUCGACCUGGUGUCCAGAGCAAUGCAACUGGUCAACAAGGAUAACUGCGAGAUUCAACAUGUAAACGAACUGUACCUGCCUGAAGACUCUGUAUCCCACUUGCCGGAUAUCAAGGAUGUAAACAUCAAUCCAGUGUUCCCAAAUAGGACUCAGCUGUUGCACAUGCAUAACAUGGCACUGAACAGAGCCUUCUUUUGGUCAUACAUACUCCAAAGCAGGUUCAUACGACCUGCUAUUAAUGAUACUUAUGAUCCUGGUAUGAUGUACUACUUUCUGUCUACUGUUGCUGAUGUCUCCACCAACAAGCAUAUCAAUGCUAGUGCUAUCUAUUUUGCGCCUAACAUGUCCUAUUCUAGCUCGUACAGAGGAUUCUUCAACAAGACAUUUCCUAGGUUUGCACCUCGUACAUUCAGAGCAGAUGAUUUCAAUGACCCCAUACAUUUAGAAAGAAUCUCCACACUAAAUACAUUCACAGUCAAUGACUUGGGUGCUAUUCAUCCUGACACAAGUGGUGAUUAUACAUCAGAUUAUUAUAGGAUAAAUGAGUGGUAUAAGUCAUGGUUGCCAGACUUAGUAGCUGGAAGACAUGAUACCAAGACAACAUAUCAGGUUGAGAUACGAUAUGCCAACAAUACAAACGAAACAUUUACAUUCCACGGCCCACCAGGAGCCGAUGAACACCCGGGGCCAGUCAAAUUCACCAGACCAUAUUUUGACUGCGGGCGGUCAAACAGAUGGCUUGUGGCUGCUGUUGUACCUAUUGCAGACAUUUAUCCCCGGCAUACAGGGUUCAGGCAUAUCGAAUAUCCAACCUACACCGCGGCUGCUGUUGUUGAAAUGGACUAUGAACGUAUAGACAUCAAUCAGUGUCCUCCAGGAAUGGGUAACAACGGCCCUAACAUAUUCGCCGAUACAGCAAAAUGUAAAAAGGAAACGACUGAGUGUGAACCAAUUCAUGGGUGGGGAUUCAGAAGAGGGGGAUACCAAUGCAGAUGUAGACCAGGAAAUAGAUUACCUUUACAAACAAGAAGACCAUUUUUGGGAGAAAUUGUGGAGAGAGCCACUGCUGAACAGUAUUAUAAUGGAUUUGACUGUCUGAAAAUUGGAUGGAUACAAAAAUUGCCUGUGAAAUGGGAGAAGGCUGAUUGGUACACUAGAGAAUAUUAUCUCGACAAAUACAAAGAGUAUCGUAAUGAAACUACUGGACCAAGUACCUUCUAUUCUCGUAAAUUAAAUAUACAUCGUGCCUUAGAUUUCAUUUUGGGAAUGAAUAAGGACAACUGCAAAAACUAUAGACCUGAGGAGCUCCUUUUACAUGGUGGUUCCAUGUACGGCGCCGAGGAAUUCUUUGAAAAUGAAGCCAAAAUGGCGCUAAGAUUGGCCAAUUUCAUAAGUGCCUUCUUGCAAGUGUCUGACCCUAAAGAGGUGUUUUCAGGGAAGAGAGUUGCAGACAAACCAUUGACCGAGGACCAGAUGUUUGGUGAAACACUAGCUUUAGUUUUAGGUAAUAGCCGGAUUUGGUCGGCGGGAAUGUAUUGGGAGAGAAAUAAAUUUACGAACCGUACACUAUUCGCACCAUUUGCUUAUAAAAAGAUACUGAACACCAGAAAAUUCUUCUUGGAAGAUUUGGCAAGACUGAACAAAUCUGAAGAAGUUUACCUAAAUAAAAACUGGUUUAAAUUCUUGAAAUACAGAUGGGCCUCGAACUUUGACAGUCUAGAAAAGUUCUGGAUGAAAAUUAGAAUUCGUUUCAAUGAGACGGGUGAAACUACCAAGAAGUAUGAAAGAUAUCCCAACUACUACAUGGGCGCCAGAAUAGAACACGGACAUUGGACAGCGCCAUAUUUUGACUGCCACGGCAAAGUUCCGAUGUGGAAAGUCAAAUAUGUAGCGCCUUUCUUCGGAUGGGACAGCCUCAAAGUCAAACUCGAGUUUAAAGGAGUGAUUGCAGUUACCAUGGACCUAAUGAAACUAGACAUAAACCAGUGUCCAGAAGAUUAUUACGUCACAAACGCCUUCAAAGGAACACACAAAUGUGACGAGAAAACAUCUUAUUGUGUACCAAUCUUAGGAAGAGGCUACGAGGUAGGAGGCUACAAGUGCGAGUGUAAGCAAGGCUUUGAAUAUCCAUUUGAAGACCCAAUUACCUACUAUGAUGGUCAACUGGUAGAAGCAGAAUUCAGCAAUCUGGUCGAUAACAACGAAACCCGUUUUGACAUGUUUAAAUGCAGAUUAGCUGGAGCCAGUAGCAUACAGGCCAGUUUAAUCACAGUGUUGCUGUUGGUUAUGGUUUGUUUUGGAGUGUAUGGUCACAGGUAGAUCUCACUUAUGUAAUAGUUGUCCAGGAAAAUUAGCAAAAUUAUCUCCGCAAUAAGUAGUAGAAAGGUGGAAUCGUGUAUGUUUGACUGAAACGUCGAAAAGCCAUUUGUCAUCUUUCUCAACGAGUUUAGAAUCUCUUUUCACUUUUGUCUUAAUCUGGAAUGUCAAGACAUCUGAGGAAUUAGUAAUUGCUUUUAUAUUUUUGCAUCCCUGAUUCCUUGUAUCAUUUACCUUUUGCAACAUACGUUUCAAAGUUGUAUUUGCAAAAUAUUAGUCAUCUUUCAUCUACUACUUGUUGAUCUCGAAGUAAUUGAAAACUCAAUUUCCCGGAUUUUGGCAUAUUGUCGUGUAAGGAAGUGACGCAAAGUCUCUCUUGGAUAUUAAUCUGCAUUAAACACUUGAUAGAUCUGACUUUGAAGGGCCUUGUAUGGAAUAUAGUGCCUUGAAAGAGUUUUAUUUUGAUAUUUUUACCGUCCAGACAUGUACUUUAUAUUGCUAUACAUAUAUUUUGGUUUUGUUGCAUUUUGUUACUAAAACUUCGACUUUAAAAGUUAUUUUUAUUAGUAUUUUAGAUAUACAAUCGUACUGUAUGACAAAGAUGCAAUGAUACCUAUAUGUACAAAUGAAAUGUAUAUAAAUAUGUUGUUUGUUUUGUGAAUUAGGAUCUGAUUAAAAGUAAGCGUAGAAUAGAUAAAUACUUCUACAGGAUAUAUUAUUCAAAAAGCAAGAUAUCAAAAUGUUAAAAAGAACUAUAUUAAAGAAAUAUAUUUACCUGAAAACUGAACUUGAUAGGUAUUUGUACCAAAUUUUGUACUGUGUGCAUCUUAUAAAUCAAAUGUAUUUAUCUUUAGAAUCCAUAGAAUAAAUAAAUUUCUCUUUUAUUUACUGAUUUUAUUGUUAUAAGACAUGAAUCAGUAUUUUGGUAAUGGCACAAAAAUAGUCUUCUGUUCUAUAAUAUUAUUAUAACUUUCCGUCCAUAUAUAGAAUUGUCC